AUGGCCACAUAUCUCAGUAUAUCUGACUCAAAGGCCAUACUGUCAACUAAAAAUGAUAAUGUCGAUGAGAUAAAUGAUAAGUUAAUUGGUGUAUUCUGCGGGGAGGAGCAAAUCUAUUAUAGCUUUGAUGAGGCAGAAGAUGAUGUUAACAAGUAUUAUCCGAUUGAAUUCUUAAACUCGCUUAAUGUUAGUGGUUUGCCCCCUCAUUGCCUACUGCUGAAAGUUGGAUGCCUGAUCAUACUAUUACGUAAUAUCGAUCCAUGGAACGGGCUGUGUAACGGCACAAGGUUGAUAUGCAAAGGUUUUCAACGAAAUGUCAUCGAUGCCGAGAUAGCGGCUGGUCAGCAUGCCGGGAAAAGAGUUUUUUUACCAAGAAUUCCUCUGUGUCCAUCUGAAAAUGAUAUGUACCCCUUCAAGUUGAAGAGAAAGCAAUUUCCAGUCUAUCUUAGCUUUGUAAUGACAAUAAACAAGGCGCAGGGCCAGACCAUUCCAAACGUCGGGGUAUACCUACCGGAACCCGUGUUCUCGCAUGGACAACUAUAUGUGGCACUAUCUAGGGGGACAUCACGUGAGAAUGUGAAGGUGUUGGUUAGGCCUACCCAAGAUUUCUCUCGAUCUGGAGUAUACACGGCAAAUGUGGUGUAUAGGGAAGUUUUACAAGAUGCAUAG